AUGGCCUCGAUGCGCAAGCUCAAUGUCCAAAGUUUUCCGCGCCCCCCCGUAGUGGAACGUGUCAUGCGGCACAUCCAGAUAAAGUGGCACGGCCAGCUUAUUGCGGAUUGUGCGCCCGGCGAUGCUUUCAUGGUCCUCGAGACCCAUCACCCGCCUGUAUACUACCUCCCUGCCAUCCAAGUCCGCCUACCGCUCGCGACCACCCCCCGUUCCACCUUUGACGAGCACAAGGGCGCUGCGACUUACUACUCUAUGAUGAGCCCAAUAAGUGCCGCCGAUACCGUCAUGAACCGAAUCUGGUCCUACAACGACCCGCCAAAGGAGUACGAAGCCAUCAAGGGCUAUCUCGCCUUCUCGCCCGGACCCUGGGAGUGCUAUGUCGACGGCGAGAGAGCCGGCGCGGCGCCAGGCGACUACCACGGCGGCUGGGUAACGAGCGACAUUGAGGGCAUAGUGACCGUGAGGGAACAACAGUGGCCACAGCAAUGGAGCCCUACCAUGUACGGUUGA